CGAUCUUCACCCAAGUACCAUGACACUGAUCGAAUGCCCCGCCAUCAAGCAGCCAGCAACGGAACCCCGCAAUCAAUUCCACGGAGGGGUAGGCCAGCAUCACAGCGCGACGCGGCCAAUAUUCAACUGGACUCGCGACUAGGGACGACAUCAACACGCGCUGAAUACUACUCUCUUGGAUACCUUGGGGCCAGUGAAGCCAAGCUUGAAGAUCAAUACCCAGGCAUGGCCGAGCCUGCGCCAGUCGGUCGCAAGGUGAUCUACUGCGGAGUAUGCACGCUGCCACCUGAGUACUGCGAAUAUGGCGGUACCGUCAAAAAGUGUCAGGACUGGCUAGAAAAGAACCACCCCGAUCUGUAUGCCAAGAUAUGGUCACCUGAAGCACUCGAGGCAGCAACAGCCUCGCUCUCCGUGGAGGCGCAGGAGCGCGCGGCCAAGGACGCGGCCAAGAAGGCGGCCAAGGCCGAGGCAGCCGAGCAGAAGGAGGCCGACAAGCGGGCCAAAAGCAUCGUGUCCAUCAAGCGGAUCGAGCGCAACAAGCGCAAAUACGUCACGGCCGUCCAUGGGCUGGAGGCCUUUGGGCUGGAUCUGAAGAAGGUGGCCAAGGACUUCGGGAAGAAGUUUGCUACUGGCGCGUCCGUAACCAAGGUGCCGAGCGGUGGGGAGGAAAUUGUGGUGCAGGGCGACGUGAGCGCAGAGAUCGAGGAGUUCCUGCUCGAGAAGUACAAGGAGAUUCCGGAGGACAAUAUCGAAUUAGUCGAGGACAAGAAGAAGAAGGCUGCUGCGGGUUAGGGAUCGAGCGAGGAUGACGAGGUCACGCCACUGAAAAUUUGGCAGACAGCCCGUUUGGAUGCAAAAAGAAUUGGAGCACAAGACACAACAAAAGCAAAUCCCUUUGGUUUCUUUUGGGACGCGCAUCUUCCUUCUACAGAAAUGGCCGGAACGAACUCCAAAU